UCGAGCGAGUGUCUUUCUCAUUCCAAUUUAGGAAUGAGGAUAGAGUUACUAGCAACCUCUUCAGCUCUUCCUUCACGCUGCUUGGUUACCGAGAAAAUCGAAAGGAAUAUGGCGCAAACCCUGGCGAUGCCCGUGGCACCCUCUCUCUCCUUGAUAUGCAACAAAACGAGCUCUCUUUCUCUCUCUAACUCUGUUUCCCUUCAACGUUCGAACCCUCCAAAGUAUCGUAGUCUAAGCAUCGAAUGCGCUCGUGUUGGAGGAGUGGAAAUUCCAAACAACAAGAGAGUGGAAUUCUCUCUUCAGUAUAUCCACGGAAUCGGUCGUUCUAGGGCUCGUAAAAUUCUCUGUGAUCUUAAAAUGGAAAACCAAAUCACCAAAGAUUUGUCUGAGGAAGAACUCACCUCGAUUCGUGAUGAAGUCUCCAAGUAUAUGAUUGAAGGCGACCUGAGGCGGUUCAAUGCUCUUAAUAUAAGGCGACUGAAGGAGAUUCAGUGCUACAGAGGGGUGCGCCAUAUUCAGGGCUUGCCUUGCAGAGGACAGCGCACCAAAAACAACACUCGGACUUUGAAGGGUAAGAGGGUUACUGUUGCUGGAAAGAAGAAGGCUCCUCGUUGAUCUAAUCCUUCUGUUUUCCCUCAAGUAAUUGCAUGACUCUGAUUUUUCAUUUUUUGAAAUGAAUCAUUGUAGUACCAUAUGAUUGAUUGGUUUUUUGUUGAUAUCAAUAUGGGAUUUUCAAUCUCUAUAAGACUUCUGUUUUCAACU